UGGCAGCCCUGGUUGCGAAUGGCCAACUGUUGUGUGGGUGGAAUGUCUUUGUUUACAAUUGUCAAUUAUUAGGUUUUAUAAGCCAUUCGUCGGAAAAAAUGCUGCAAAACGUUUGUCGAACAUGCGCCAGCAACACGGACGACAAAAAUGCUUUGAAGCUUUUCAAAACCAACGCGAGGGGUCUGGUGCAACAAAUCAAUUUAAUUGCCGGCAUAUUGCUUCAAUUCGAUCCAGAAUUACCGGAUUGGAUAUGCGAAAGAUGUCAAACCGCCGUGCAGAGCGCCAUAGAGUUCCGUGAGCAAUGUCUGAGCAGCCAAGAAAAGUUAAAAACCUGCGAUGGGAUGCCCACUGAGAGUUCCAGGUCUGCAUCCACCCAAAUAAUCUGUGUACGCCGUAGUACACGCACCCAGAAACAGCUGGGAGUUGCUACAGAGCCAAAGAGUCCGCCCAGUCCCACAGAAGUAAUGAUCAAAGAUGAGAAUCUGAGCAAUGGCGGCGAUGUGGAGGACGAUGGUGUGGACCAUCUGGAUACCAGCAAUGAUGCAGAUCUUAAUUUCGUAUUUAAAGAGUUGCCCUUGUCAGAAGAUGACCAUGGGUCACCAGCCAAAGUCCGAAAAGAUCGACGAAAGAGACACUUAAGCGAAAAGCGCCAAAAACCAACUCUAACCGUCUUCUUCUGCGAUCAAUGUGGCACCAAUAUCACUGGGAAGUCAUCGUUUGAUCGUCACCAGCGUAAGCACAGCGGCGUUCGACCCUUCCAGUGCGAACUCUGCCCCGCCCGCUUCCUAUCCGCCGGGGAGCUGAAAGGACAUCAGGUGAUGCACACGGGGGAUCGUAACUUCCCCUGCCGCUACUGUGAACGCACCUAUGUCAACUACAGCGGGCGGCUGCGUCACGAACGAACUCAUACCAAUGAAAGGCCUUUUGUCUGCUCCCAGUGUUCCAAGGGCUUCACUAAUUCAUACAUUCUUAAGAAUCAUAUGCUCGUCCAUACGGGCGAGCGCUUGUUCAGAUGUGAGCUGUGCCAGCGUUCGUUUACGCGACCAACCCACUUGAAGACCCACUAUCGGUCGAACACGCACAAACACAAUCUGGAAAAGGCAAAGGCCGAGAAACAGCAGCAGCCAGAGGGCUUGGAGAUGGCUCUGCCACAGCAGACUGACUUCCUAGUGGAGCAACAACCGGCAGUGGCCUUCACGAUAGAAGUGCCUUUGCCUGUGGAGCAGGCAUCCUCAUUGGAUGUAGCCGCUCAGCAGCUCUUGGGACCAUCAACCUUAGUAUUUAGUACAAGCUGAACCAACGACAACGUAAAGCCAAAUAUAUAUAAUUAAUGCCUUAAUUUUAUUCGCUUAAAAUAAGACUUAUAAAGACCAUUUUAAAUAUGACUUUAUAUUUUAAACCUUACUCUUUGAAAACCAACCAACAACUGGAGACUUGAUCAUUUU